AUGACUCAGCUGCCAGAGAAAGUGCUGACAGAAUGUCAGGCUGACGGCGACUCCGCGGCGAGUAACCAGGUGAACACAGGUAGAUAUAUUGUUGAGAUCUCGCUGAAGCGGAGGGGGACGAAUGGAACCAGACACCUCCGUGUGGACCCGGUGCUAGGGUCAGUCGACGGCAGAAAGAUGCCUUUAAGUGUGGAAGUGGAGCCUCCACAGGACAUGGAUCAAACUGACUAUGACAUUGAUCCCAAGAUGAAGAUCUGGGAGAAUGUGGCUGCCUUGGGGAAGGAAAAACAGGUCCUGGUGGCAGAAACCGACCUGGAUGAUGUGCACCAUCCCUCUUUGCAAAAGCUUCCGGCUGAAGAUGAAGAUGACUCAGAGCGGCCUAUUUUUAGUGACGAGCCUGAGCAGGGCUGGGAUGAAGUCUACCACAAAGCCAGAGCGGAACUGGAUGGAUAUCUUGCCCCGCUCACCGUUGAAUACAAAAAGAUGGUCCGGCAUGUACAACCAGAACCUGAGGAGACUGAAGCGCUUGAACAGGUGAGACGUCACAUGGAGCCAGAAGAGGACACGGAUGACUUGUACCAUCCUGACGUGCAAAGAUGGAUGCCAAAUUACCAAGACGACUACAAUGACAACGCCGCCGCUCCUUUUGAUUGGAAGUCUGACGAGAAUUAUGACGAACGGGCGGAAGAUCUGGAUCAUCUCUACCACCGCUGAACAUUGGCCGCAGCAUGUUGACUCCUUGAAACGUAUAGAAAUGCAUGGCUGUAGACCAACACAAUGUAUCCUGCUGGACAUCGUCCAAUUGUUGAUAAGAUGUGCCGUGUACAGUAAGUCGUUCGACAAAGCAAUCGUGUUCUAAUAAUAAAGUUUGUAACUGUUUCUAUGGCCUUUUUCUUACGGAAUUAUUAGUUGCUCC